GAUUAAAUAGAUAAGAAAAAAAAAAAUACUGAGGCAGCUCUCUCCUCUCUUCAAUGGCGCUGUCUCCUGCUGCAGCAGCGGCUUCGACGUGUCCUCGUCUCAGUCGGUGCAACCUCCUUCCCUCGCUCACUCCGAAGUUUCCGUUCCUCUCCGUCUCCAGGCGGAGCAGAGGCGCGUCUUUCCGGUUUCGCAUACGCGCCUCGGCUAAUGCCGCCGUGGAAUCUCCAAACGGCGCCGUGACGGCGACCUCUGGCGACGAGAGCACCUCCUAUGGUCGUCAGUUCUUCCCCUUGGCCGCCGUUGUUGGCCAGGAUGCUAUCAAAACUGCUCUUCUGCUUGGGGCAACUGACCGUGAAAUUGGAGGGAUUGCUAUAUCCGGUCGUAGAGGAACUGCAAAGACAGUCAUGGCACGAGGGCUACAUGCAAUCCUUCCCCCGAUAGAAGUUGUUGCAAGUUCAAUAGCAAAUGCCAACCCAGCUUGCCCAGAGGAGUGGGAAGAUGGCUUAGCUGAGGGAGUAGAGUAUGAUGCUGAUGGAAAUGUUAAGACUCAGAUCGUGAAAUCUCCUUUUGUUCAGAUUCCUCUAGGAGUCACAGAAGACAGACUCAUUGGAUCUGUUGACGUUGAAGAGUCUGUGAAAACAGGGACAACUGUUUUCCAGCCAGGUCUUCUGGCUGAAGCUCACAGAGGAGUUUUGUAUGUUGAUGAGAUCAAUCUCUUAGAUGAAGGGAUUAGCAAUUUGCUUCUUAAUGUAUUGACAGAAGGUGUAAAUAUAGUGGAAAGGGAGGGAAUCAGCUUCAGACACCCAUGCAAGCCUCUUCUAAUUGCGACGUAUAACCCUGAAGAGGGUGCUGUACGCGAACACUUGCUAGACCGUAUUGCUAUUAACUUGAGUGCAGACAUUCCUAUGAGUUUUGAAGAUCGUGUAGCAGCAGUUGGAAUUGCCACACAAUUUCAGGAACGGAGUAAUGAGGUUUUUGAAAUGGUGGGGGAAGAAACAGAGUUUGCAAAAACCCAGAUUAUUUUGGCUAGAGAGUAUUUGAAGGAUGUCAAAAUAAGUAGAGAUCAGUUGAAGUACCUGGUUUUGGAAGCUCUCCGAGGUGGAUGCCAGGGACAUCGUGCUGAAUUGUAUGCAGCUCGUGUCGCAAAGUGCUUAACAGCUCUAGAUGGACGGGAGAAAGUCACUAUUGAUGACCUCAAAAAGGCUGUUGAAUUGGUAAUUCUUCCUCGUUCAGUAGUAAAUGAGAAUCCACCUGAACAACAAAACCAACAGCCACCUCCUCCACCCCCUCCACAAAAUCAGGAUUCUGGAGAGGAGCAAAAUGAGGAAGAAGAGGACCAAGAAGAGGAUGAAAGCAAUGAAGAAAAUGAGCAGCAACAGGACCAAAUACCUGAAGAAUUUAUAUUUGAUGCUGAGGGUGGUCUGGUGGAUGAGAAACUCCUCUUCUUUGCUCAACAAGCACAGAGACGUAAGGGGAGAGCUGGGAGAGCAAAGAAUGUCAUAUUCUCAGAAGACAGAGGACGAUACAUCAAGCCAAUGCUUCCAAAGGGUCCUGUUAAAAGAUUAGCUGUGGAUGCGACCCUGAGAGCAGCUGCGCCGUACCAGAAAUUGCGUAAAGAGAAGGAUACUUCAAGGAGUAGAAAAGUUUUUGUCGAGAAAACAGAUAUGAGGGCCAAAAGAAUGGCAAGGAAAGCUGGAGCCCUGGUCAUUUUCGUAGUUGAUGCAAGUGGCAGCAUGGCGCUGAACCGUAUGCAAAACGCUAAAGGUGCUGCACUCAAACUGCUCGCAGAGAGUUAUACAAGCAGGGAUCAGGUUGCUAUUAUUCCUUUCCGUGGAGAUGCUGCAGAGGUGCUUCUGCCUCCAUCCAGAUCUAUAUCAAUGGCAAGAAAGCGUCUUGAGAGACUUCCAUGUGGCGGUGGUUCUCCUCUUGCCCAUGGUUUAACCACGGCAGUCAGAGUUGGACUAAACGCAGAGAAGAGCGGUGAUGUCGGGCGGAUCAUGAUAGUGGCAAUAACAGAUGGUCGAGCUAACAUCUCACUGAAAAGAUCCACUGAUCCCGAAGCUGCUGCUACUUCAGAUGCUCCUAGACCGUCGUCCCAAGAGUUGAAGGACGAGAUUCUAGAAGUGGCUGGGAAGAUAUACAAAGCGGGAAUGUCUCUUCUAGUCAUAGACACCGAGAACAAGUUUGUCUCUACGGGUUUCGCCAAGGAGAUCGCAAGAGUUGCACAAGGAAAAUAUUAUUACUUGCCAAAUGCUUCGGAUGCUGUCAUCUCGGCUACAACUAAGGAUGCGUUAUCGGCCCUGAAAAAUUCUUAAGGUAUGGUUUUAGACGAAAGGCAGUUCUAUUACGUUGACUGUCUGCAGUUCAAGGUUUGUGCAGCUUAAACUCGAGCUUCAUAUGUCUCAGCACCAAAAGGUUCUUUAUGCUUUGCCAUAUUAAUAUUCUUCUUGUGAAAUUCGAACUUAAACCCAAACGGCCUUGACAACGGUCGUGAGUA